UACAGUCAUUUGGGAUGAAUAUUUUCGGGUUGCUCUCCGCGGUGACCCAGAAGUAACGGAGCACGUCAAUUGCACAUGCGCAGACGCUCAAAAUGAAGCGCCGAAUCCCGACACACGCAGACGCACAGACCCGGGUUGCGUUGGCUUCUGGAUGCGAACGGGGCUCCGGAACGGUCCCCCUCUACAAGGUUUCAUCAGUUUAAUCCAAAUAAAUCAUGCACCACCCUUGAGCAAUGCCAUCCGGGCAAUUCUAAAACACGGCUUCCAAAAUCAAUUUGAGAAAGUAAAAAUAUUUAACAUACGAAAGCAAUACCUGCGACAGCCAGAAAAAGCCUAGGGCUGGGAAGCUCUUCUUUUCGGGGGUUGCCAACUUACCAGCCUCUUCCUCGCACUCCGCCUGGCACAUGCGCACCAGGCCCUAGGGCUGGGAAGCUCUUCUUUUCGGGGGUUGCCAACUUACCAGCCUCUUCCUCGCACUCCGCCUGGCGCAUGCGCACCAGGCCCUAGGGCUGGGAAGCUCUUCUUUUCGGGGGUUGCCAACUUACCAGCCUCUUCCUCGCACUCCGCCUGGCGCAUGCGCACAAGGUCCUAGGGCUGAGAAGCUCUUCUUUUCGGGGGUUGCCAACUUACCAGCCUCUUCCUGGCACUCCGCCUGGCGCAUGCGCACAAGGCCCUAGGGCUGGGAAGCUCUUCUUUUCGGGGGUUGCCAACUUACCAGCCUCUUCCUCGCACUCCACCUGGCGCAUGCGCACCAGGCCCUAGGGCUGGGAAGCUCUUCUUUUCGGGGGUUGCCAACUUACCAGCCUCUUCCUCGCACCAGGCCCAGUUUCCUCUCCCGGCUUCUCUGCGCACGCGCCCAGCCUUCCGGCGUCGCCAAGGCCGGGGGCGCGAAGCAGAUGGAAGGAGGCCUCCCGCCUGGGUCGAGGGGGACGAGCGGCCUCUGCGGCGGAUUAGAGGCGAAGGAGGCCAUUCCGGACGGGAGGCUGAGCGAGCUCGGGUUGCCUCACGGCCAGCGCAGGCGCAGUACACUAGCCGUUAAGCUCGCCGUGAAGGGGCGGGCCGGUCGCGCUCUGCGCACGCGCUGCCUGGGCUUUCGCGGACGGCAGCCGCCUGGAGACAAACUUGCGGCGCGCCAGCCGCGCGAACGACCCUCGCUGCCGAUGCGGAGUCUUUGACGGGACGGCGAGCGCCGAGGGACACACCAGGUGAAGUGAUGCAAUAAUAGAAGCCUGCGGGGGGGGGGGGGGAAGGUUGCGCUCUGCCCAUGCUCAGAGUCCCGGUGUCCCCCACCCACCCCAGUCCGGGGCGGAAGCCGUUGGUGGUGGGGGUCAGGAGGAGGGUGGGCUCGCCGGCACUCUGUGGAUGCUCAGAGGCACAGCUGCCUCUCCGGCUGCGUCUUCGGGGCUGGAGGAGGAGGGGUCGUGAGGACUCGAGACUGCUUUUCAUGCUGCGUUCGGAUAUUCAGGUUGUGCUUCGGGGGUCGUAACCAAAUAACGAGAAUAAUGACAAUAGAUCAUAAUAUUUGAGCCCUUGGAGGCAUCUCAGCUCCAGGGGUUUGGGGAAGCAGCUGCUUAUCUCACCACCUUUGAGCCCAGCUUUCAGUCCAGCUUCUAAGACUGUGUGCCUGCUGCCAGUCACGGUAGACUGACGUUUAUAAUAAACUAAAAAGAAUAAUAAACUAAAAGGAGGCAUUCUGAUCAAGCCUUCUGUAUGUUUUUCACCCCCUCUACUCCCCUGCACCAGUGCUGAGCCCUGACCUUGACUUUUAAAAAAUAAUUUAUUUAAUCAUUUUCGUAUUUUUUAUACUGCUGUUCAUUGCAAAUCUUCCAGAGACCAACAAAUCUUUAAAAAUAAAAUUAAUGCAAAAUAAUCCAAAUAUCAUAAAACAAUGAACAAAAGGCAACAUGGCCUAGCAGGCUACAUUUUAAAAUGCCAUUCAAAAGCUAUGGGAGCACAUACAGUAUGAUAAAACCUUCUAUUAGCAGCAAGGGGGAAACAGAUCAGCUUUUCAAAAGGUCUGAAAAACCUCAGGCUGCAGAUCUUCUGAAAAGGAAAUUCAUAGGGGAUAUUCAGGCAGGAUGCAGCAUUUGGAAAGGGAGCAUUUUAUUUUUCAGAUCUGUGGUGCUGAUUAUCCUUCCCACCUUCUGCAUGAAAGAAUGUCUUGUUCAUGCACAAUCAGAAACUGAUUACUCAGCAGAAAAGACCCCCCUGCGUCCCAUUGGACACUCUUCCAAGCAGUGGUAGACACUCAGACAUAUGAGCUAACCACCAAAUCGCACCUUAAACCGAGGUUACAGUCACCAGAAAGACCAGGUUUGAAAUGUGCCCUUGGCCACGAAGCUCACAGAAUUACCUUGGGCCAGUCUUUCUCUCAGCCUAACCUACCUGGUAGGGCUGAUGUGAUGAUAAAAAAGGAAGGGGCAGGGAGACGUUUGUAUGUCACAGUGAGCUCUUUGGGUUAAAAAUUGGGAUAUAAAUCUAUUUUUAAAAUAAACAGAAUGUCUAGUUGCCAUUUUGGGGCAAGACGGCUCUAAAGUCUUACUUUAUGCAUUGACUGUGAUUGAUUUUCAGUUAAACAUCUGGCUAGUUCAGAGGACAACCUUGAGCGAGGUUAAGAGCUUUGAAAACUUAAAGAAGAAAAGUCCCCUGAUCCAGGGACAGUCCACACAUCUAUUGGCCUGUUCCGACCUCUUUAAACUCUUUAGCGACUGCAGCCUUGGUUUAAGGACCCAUUUGGCACCUAGCUCAUAUAUCUGAGUUUCUAGCACUGACAGGGGCAUAAGUGACCACCUUGUUCUGCAAGAGACCAUUGGUCAGUCUAGCUCAGUAUUGUAUACGCUGACCAGCGGUGGCUCUCCAGAGUUUCAGCCAAUAUCUCUCACGGCCCACGGAGUGGUCAUCGGGGACUGAAGCUGAGCUUGUCUGCAGGCAAAUUAGGUGCUCUAACCGCUCAGCUACUCUCCUUCUCUUUCUUUGGGGAUCCUAUACAGUAUCUUUCUUUUAAAAAAAGAACACACACCACCAUAUGUAAACCGUUCUCUUGUGGACUCUCCUUCCUUGGAGGUUUGGAAGCAGGGGUUGGGCAGCCGGCCGUCUGUCAUGGAUGCUUGAGGAGAGAUUCCUGCAUUGCAGGGGGUUGGACUAGAUGUCCCUCGGUGUACCUUCCAACUGUAAAACUCUUGUCCCGCAGGUCGUAAUGGCGGCCAAGCGGAUCACCCAGGAGACGUUUGACGAUGUUGUGCAGGAGAACAUCAGCGACCUCGGCAUGGAUCCGGAAGAGGCUGUGAUCGAAGCCGUCCAGCAGUUUGAGUCUCAAGGUGUGGUUUUUGCAAAGAGAUGUUUUUAACUGGCUGGGUAGACCUGAGAUGGCACAGCCUUCUUCUAUUCUAUGAAUCCCUACUGAGGACCCCUACUCAUUGCCCCCACUGCUCCGUGUCUUUUCUCCAGGUGUUGACUUAAGCAACAUAGUGAAGACAGCCCCCAAUUCCGCCUCUGUGGAUGGGCAAGAGCCACAGCAUGCUGUUUUGCAGGUGAGAAGGGUGCCUGGGGCCGCCCAAGAAAGGAUGAAAGCCCCAGGGGUUCCUUUGGGAAGGGGCCGUGGCCCAGUGGCACCACAAGGACCUCAGGCUGAAUCCCGGGCAUCCUGAAGUUGGGCUGGGAAUGUUCCCUCUACAGUGGUACCUCUAGUGGCGGACGUAAUCCAUUUCGGGGUGCCGUUUGCACCCCAAAAAGUCCGCAACUAGAGCGCCUCUUCUGCGCAUGCACGGGUGGCGAACCCGGAAAUAAACACUUCUGGGUUUGCCACAUUCGUAAGCUGAAAGUCCGUAACAAGAGCGGAACGCAACACGAGGUAUGACUGUAUUCCUGUUUAAACCAUGAGCACUAGAAUCUUGGUUUAUUUCUUAGGAAAGGAGCACAGCUCAGUGGGUGGGCAGCACCUGUUCUGGAAUACUGAGCUCAAUGGUCCGACUCAGUGUUAAGCAGAUCCCUAGGGCCCUAAGCAUCAGAAGGUCAAAUAUAUAAGCUGGGCGUCAAACGGCUCCUUAAACCGGGGUUAGGUCGGCAGAGUGGAAUGCCUACUUGCCAUUUGGAGGCCAGACAGCUCGAAGGUCAUAUUUUUUAAUAGGGCUUUUGGGUUCCUGAAAUUCAUUCUGAUUGUGCCGAUAAAAUGGAGUUCUACAAGAAGGGGUAUGUGUGUGUGAAAACAGCCCAAACCCAAGGACCCCCAGGCAGGCACCUCCAGGUGGUGGAGACGCCAGGCGCCUUCCUGGCACCCAGCCAUCUUCACCUAGCCAGGUGCAAAAUGGUAUCGCAAUGUUAAACACCAGCCCCGUCCUUAUAUCAGCCAUUGUGAUCUCCUGGUGUGUCGCAAUGCGUAGCUGGCGAUUUCCCGCGAUGUUGAAAACCAGCUAUUGCCCAGCCCUACUCGCUCCUUUCCUUCCGCAGACUCUGGACUCCUUGCAGAAGGCAGUUGCUGAUGCCGACUCGGGCGCGGUGGACGAGCUGCUGGUGAGCUUUGCGGAGCAGUGCCGGCAGGAGAUGGCCGUCCGCUACUUGGCGGGGCAGAAGGGCGCUUAUCCUGCCGUGCUGGCCGCCUGCCGCCUGGCUUGUGAGGAAGGCUGCUCCCUCCUCAAAGCCCUCCGCGCCCUCUCCGCCCUCCUGGACGGCCAGCCCGACUUCCUCGAUGCCCCCGGGCAGGAGCUGCUUCUGCGGGUCUUGCGGGAGCGGCAGGAUGAUGGCGACCUGACCCUGGCCACCAUCCGCUGCGUCCGGCAGGCGUCCCUCAAGCACGAGCAGAACCGGCAGGACCUGGUGAAAGGCGGCGUCCUCUCCCUGCUGGUCGGGGCCGUUGUCCGCCAUGGGGACCGGGCCGAUGUGGUCCGGGAGGCCUGCGCGGGGCUGCGGUUCAUGACCUUCGACGACGAUAUCCGGGUGCCCUUUGGCCACGCCCACGAGCACGCCAAGAUGAUCGUGACGGAGCACGGCGGACUGAGGGUCCUCAUCGAAGCCGCCAAAGGUAGAGGCAUUGCCCCUUCCUCCCCACCCAUGGAAUGCAAGGAGAGCCCUUCUGGGUCAGGCCAGAGGGAGGGGGGGAAUUCGAUUCUAGCGUUACCGGAGGCAAGACCUCCCUCUCUGUCUUUCCAACGCCAAUCAAAGACAACCAAGAAGUGGUUUGGGGUGUUGUCGGUUUUUUGCCAAAUCCUUUUUAUUGAUUUUCCAAAUUCAAUGCAAUUUCCCCCAAAAUAGGUUUCCCACACUCCACGCAAGGUUUCCUCUUGUUGCUGCUUUGUUUCCCGGGUUGUUCCCAAUGCUCAUUCCAUUAAACUUACAUGUUCUGAACCAUCGGCUCUCUGCUUGCCAAUUCCUGCACGUACGAUAUUUCAGCAUUUGCAAUAUUGAGGAUUGACUUCACGACAGAAGUACUGUUCUUGGGAGACAGGGGGUGGGCAGGUGUGGGGACUCCCUGGUCCUGAAUGGGGCAGCUGUGUUGGUGUUGACUCUGAAAGCCCUAAAUGGCCUCGGCCCAGUAUACCUGAAGGAGCGUCUCCACCCCCAUUGUUCUGCCCAGACACUGAGAUCUAGCGCUGAGAUCGUCUGGCGGUUCCCUCACUGCGAGAAGCCAAGAACAGGGAACCAGGCAGAGGGCCUUCUCGGUAGUGGCACCUGCCCAGUGGAACGCCCUCCCAUCAGAUGUCAAGGAAAUAAACAACUAUCAGACGUUUAGAUGACAUCUGAAGGCAGCCCUGUUUAGGGAAGUUUUUAAUGACUGCUGUUUGUUGUAUUUUUAAUCUUUGUUGGAAGCCGCCCAGAGUGGCUGGGCAAACCCAGACAGAUGGGCAGGGUAUAAAUAAUAUAUUCUUAUUCUUAUUCUUAUCUACAAGUGAGGUUACUCCACAAAUCCUCAAAUCCUCAAUGAAUCAGUAAUUGUCAUUUUUCAAAUUCCUUUUCUUUUCUUCUGCAUGUAUGAAGCCCAAAAGCUCACUUUUACUUUUCACAACCAGGUACGAUUCACAAACCAUCUCGCUUUCUCUUCCUCCUCCUCCUCCUCUCAGCCUUCCCCGACGACUGCAGCGUCCUGAGGGAGAUCUGUGCCACUCUGGGGCGCCUCUCUGUCCGGAAUGAGUUCUGCCAGGAGAUUGUGGACCUGGGCGGUUUAAACUUCAUGGUGGCGCUGCUGGCCGACUGCAUUGACCACCAGGUACUACAAAUGUAGGUAGCUGCCAUGUCAGAUCACUGUGUCUCUCCAACCCAGUAGUGCCUACUCUGAUUGGCAGUGGCACUCCAGGCAGGGCUGGCCUGAUCCAUGGAUACACCAUGGAUCGAAAUAAAUCAGGAUUUCGGUCCUCAUUAUUCUGAAGGAAGGACUGAUGGACUAUAAAUCUAGGCAGCAUCUUCAUAUUGCACUGCGCCAGCAAUCCAUCUAGCUCAGUAUUACCGACACUGGCUGGCAGCCGUUCCCCAGGAGUUCCAGGGGACAUUCCAGAAAUGCCAGGGAUUAAACUCGUUUUCACUCAUUUCUUUAAAGUUUUUCUUGGUCUGUGUUUUGUUUGAAAGGAAGUCUGAGACCAAACUCCUCCUGGAAAAGUUGAUUUCAGAAUAAUGAUUCCAACUUUUGAGAGUUUUCUCACCAAUGCUCCAAAACUCCCCCCCCUUUUUUUUGGGUAAAAGCAGCUAAAAGCAAAGGGAUUUUCAGAUACAUAAAAGCCAAAAGUGUUAGGGAGGCUGUCCCAACUGCAGCACAGACGACCAUUUUCAUUUCCGUGGGCUUGCGUUGGGUAAUAUUAGUAAUGAAAAGAACCCUCUCUGGCCUUUUAAACUUUGCAUGGGGGAGUUUUGUUUGUUAUUAUAGUAUUUCUUGUGUUCUUAUAUUGCAAACUGCCCUGUGAUCUUCAGAUGGAGGGCGGUCAUCAUCAUCUUGGAAAGGAGUCGAAAUAAUAAUAAUAAAUAAAGUUUGUUCUGGGUAUAAGCUUUUGUGUGCAUGCACACUUCUCCUAAGGUGGUUUCUAAGGUGUUGCUGGACAAUUUUUUAUUCCGACUGCAUCAGACCACCUACCUGACUCUAGACUCCUGGGAAGCAGAUGCUCUGCCUUGGAGCUACAGCCGCUCCCCUAAAAAAAAAGAAUAGUAUUUGUUUUUCCAGUAUCUUAGUAUUUGUUUCUCCACCCCAGAUCUAAACUUUAGCUGACUUGGUGGGCUGGCCGUCUGUCCUGGAUGCUGGAGCUGAGAUUCCUGCAUUGCAGCGGGUGGGACUAGAGGACCCCCAGGGUCCCUUCCAACUCUGCUUCCGUGAGGCUUUCUUUUCAAACCUGUUCUCACGCCUUGGGUCUUUUUCCCUUCCGCUGCGGAUUGUAGGACCUGGUGAAGCAGGUGAUGAGCGCCAUCCAGGCGAUCGCGGGCAACGACGACGUGAAGGACGCCAUCGUCAAUGCCGGAGGGACAGACCUCAUCGUGCUGGCCAUGACUCGGCACCUCGGCAGCCCUUUGGUGAGUGGGUGUCGGUAGAGGAAGCUUCCUUUUAUUGGCUGGUCUGUUGCAUUUAUCCCGCCUCUUCCUCCAAGCAGCUUAAAGCAGCAUUCAGUCGUUCACCUCUACAGGUGUAACCCUCACAACCACGAUGUGAGGGGGUUAGACUGAGAGGCCCCAACCAGCCCAUCACCUUGUCAUGGGGAGUGGGCUUGCACGUUCCUAUGACCCUUGUGAGUGCAGCCGUCGGGAGUCUCGUACUCCCAGCAGGGUCACCCAAGGCAGUAAGGUCAAAGGGGAGGAGCUAGACAAAGCACGAUCCCAGAAGUCCUCAAGGGCAGAACAGGCGGAAGAUAACAAGCAGUGUGUGACAACAGCUGUGAAGGCGGAGGAAGAAUCUACCGGUUGUCGUGAUCCUCAUGCCAUUGGAAUAGAGCCUUGCUGUGCAGACUGUGCGUUGGUCAGCAUGCCCUGAUCUACACACAUAAAACAAAUAAACACACAGGCAUCUUCCAAAAACCCAUCCUGAACUCAAACCCCCAAAAGUCCUAUGGGGAUCGGCAAAUGGUAUCGGGGGCAGGACCGUGAAAUCUGGAAGCCCCUAGUCAAGAACCGGCACAUAGGCAGAUACAGAUUCAGUCGCUCUGACUCAAGGAACGAGGUAAUCCUGACUGGAUUACCGCUCCCUUUGAGGUCACCAUCCAGCGGUCGUAAAAGACAAUUGAACUUUGGAACCUGGACUAUACAGACUUUGUUGGAUAGCACAGACAAUCAACGUCCCGAACGCAGAACUGCCAUCAUUGCAAGAGAGCUGUGAUGUUUUAACUUCAAUAUUGCAGCGCUUCAAGGAACUCGAAGAGCAGGUGAGGGACAACUGAAGGAAGAAAGGGGAGGCUACAUUUUCUUCUGGAAAGGUCUGUCAGAACAAGAACAUUGAAUACACGGAGUAGGCUUUGCUAUCAAAAACGAUCUUGUGAAGCUCUUCUCAGAAGUCCCUUAAUGAGCGACUUUCAACCCUUCAACUAAAACUCACCCAAAACCAUCAGGCUCCUAUUCUAAGCGCUUAUGCACCAACACUGAUUGCUGAUGAAGAUAUUAAAUAAAAUUUUUACUCUCAGCUGAAUAUCCUCCUGGGUAAUUUUAGGGCAAGAGUUGGGCAAGAUUUUGAUCUGUGGCCUGGGACUAUUGGGAAAGAAGGAAUAGGCAACAGCAACCAGAACAGAAUCUGACUUUUGACUAUAUGUGCAGCGCACAACCUUGGUAUUACCAACACACUCUUGACAAAAAAAUAAGUUUAAAACAUCUUGGAAUCACCCUCGGUCAAACCACUGGCACCGCUUAGACUAUGUAACCGUCCGAGCUGAAGAUUGCUGUGAUUCGCUCCUUACCAGAGCUAUGGUGAGUGCUGACGACUGCUGGACAGAUCACCAAUUAAUACGCUCCACAAUGGCUAUCAAGACUAUACCUCAACGCAGGCUUCAAGGAAGGGAACCAAGGAGCACAAUGAACACUCAAGCCCUUCAAGAUCCCAUUAAGCAGGAUUGCUUCCAAACGACUCUUAGGACCAUCUGCUUCUAGAUUUCCCUGAUAAUAUUGAGGAACACCAGACCAAGCUAAAAACAUCUAUUACUGCAGCCUGCGAACAAACUAUUGGAUACCAAACCAAGAAACAGCAGGACUGGUUUGAUGAGAAUGACAGUGAGAUUGAACACAUUAUUGACAAGAAAAGGAAGGCCUUUCAGAUCUGGCAAAGGGAUAAAAACUGUGACACUAAGAAAAAACAACCCUAUGCCAACGCUAAGGCUGAGGUUCAAAGAAAAACCAGAGAACUAAAGAACACCUGGUGAAAAAAGCUCAAGAGAUCCAGCACUUAGCUGACACUCGUGAUGCACAAAGCCACAAAGACCAUCUAUGGGCCAAUAAAUCAUGGCAUCUGCCCCUACACUUAACAGACUUCUAAAAGAUAAAGAAGCUAUUGCACUGCGCUGGAAAAAACAUUACCAGCAUCUCCUUAACCGCAACUCCCCCGUUAGAGAUGAGCUUGCAGUAUCUCCAAAUCUGGGAGAGUUGUGUACAGCUAUUAACCAAAUGAAAAACAACAAAGCCAGUGGGUCUGAUGGAAUACCUGCCAAAGUCUUCAAAGUUGGCGGAAUUGGACUUGCACAACAACUUCACAAACUCAUUGAAAAAAUCACAUCACUUGGGAAGACAGGCAAACUAAUAUCAGUGUACUGGAAGAAGCAAAGUUCACCAGUCUUGAAGCAAUGGUUCUUCAACAUCAACUUCGUUGGACUGGUCACGUUGUGCGGAUGCCUGAUUAUCAUUCUCGAAAGCAACUACUCUAUUCUGAACUUUAAAAAAUGGAAAGCGUAAUGCUGGUGGUCAACAAAAGAGGUUUAAAGACUCUCUCAAGGCAAAUCUUUUAAAAUGUAGUAUAAACACAGACAACUGGGAAACACUGGCCUGCGAGCGCUCCAGUUGGAGAACAGCCUUUACCAAAGGUAUCACGGGCUUUGAAGACGCUUGAACUCAGGACAAAAGGGAGAAACAUGCUAAGAGGAAGGCACGCUUGACAAACCCUCACCAUGAUCAACUCCUGCCCGGAAACCUACAGAAUGUCCCCACUGUGGAAGAACGUGUGGAUCCAUAAUUGGCCUCCACAGUAACUUACAAACUCACAUUUAACCCAGAGGUUUUCAACAUUUUUGAGUCCACGACUCCCUUGACCAACUACAUUCUUUCUGCGGCACCCCUGUGGGGCUCACUCCUUUCCCGGUGAACCAGCAGCCCCUCAUCCCUUUUUGAGCACUUUCCCUUGUUGUGUGUUCCCUCAGCCUCCCCACUCCCUCUUCUUGGGAGUCCUCUAGGCAGCCACUGCUGACACCCCUGGUCUCUGAGCUGCCCCCCGCUGCCCCAAAGAGAGAUGCAUGUUUCCCCUGGGAAGCCUAUAGCCGGGCUGCUGCAACAAACAGCUGUGCAAGCCUUUGGGAGGCAGAGGUGCAAGAGGGCAUCAGAGGAGGGAGGGAAGGAAAGAAGGACAGAGGCCAGUGCUGCCCGCUGCACCCCUGAUCAUCAUUCAAGGCACCCCAGGGUGCCACAGCACACUGGUUGAAAACCACUGCUUUAACCACUACACCACAUUGGCUCUCCUUGGUUGCUCCCAGUUCCUUUGCUGUUCUUGAACACCCUCCCUCAUCUUUUGCCCCUUCCCCUGGAUCAGCCCCCUCCAGAAGCACGCUCUGCCCUGUUCCAAGGGAUCAUAGAAUUGUAGAGUUGGAAGGGGCGGCAUGCAAAUUGAAUAAACAAAUAAAUGUUACACUAUAUUAAAAGCACUUGAAAAGAACGUAAAGUUGCAGAAAUAAUAUUACUGUACGAUAAAAUGCAAGAGUGGAGUCAAGCUUGCUAUAUAAUAAAAAUGCAAGUGUGUCGUCAGUCGGUUGAACAUGGCUGCCUGCGUUUCCGCCCUCAGGUGUGUGAGCAGAGUUGUGCGGCCUUGUGCAUGCUGGCGCUGCGGAAGCCCGAGAACUGCCGGGUCAUCAUGGAAGGGGGCGGGGCCUUGGCAGCGCUGCAGGCCAUGAAGAUGCACCCCAAGGAAGCUGGCGUGCAGGUAACAAUUUUGCGCUGUAAGAGACAGGAGUUGCUCUUUCACCCACCCUCUGCCCUGGCGUAACCACAAUUACCUCUGAAGGUAUCAAGCCUGCUUUCCCACAAGGGUAUAAGAUGGGCUGCGUCUGGUGUUGGAACUACUGUUUCUGGGGGACAGGGGGCAGGCAGGUGUGGGGGACUCCCUGGUCCUGAAUGGGGUAACUGCCCCCGAAUGGACCACAUAACACCAGUCUUGAAAGACCUACAUUGGCUCCCAGUAUGUUUCCAAGCACAAUUCAAAGCGUUGAUGCUGACCUUGAAAGCCCUAAACGGCCUCAGCACAGGGAACCAGGCAAAGGGCCUUCUUGGUGGUGGCACCCUCCCUGUGGAACACCCUCCCAUUAGACGUCAAGGAGAUAAACAACUACCUGACUUAGGCAGUCCUGUAUUGGGAAGCUUUUUAUCUUUGAUGUUCUAUUUUGUUUUUAUGUGUGUUGAAAGACACCGAAAGCGACUGAGGAAACCCAGCCAGAGAGGCGGGUAUAAACAAUAAAAUUGAUGUUAUUAGUAGUAUUACUCCUACUCAGAAGGCCCACUGAAAUUAACAGAAACAUCUUAACAUCAUACUGGAAAACCACACAAUGAAUCCCUAGAGUGCAAUAUUAUAUACCGUUUUUAACAUACUGUUGAUUUUACUGGUUUUACGAACAUUAUAAUUUCGUAAAUAAUUUACAUUUUCAUUAAGUGUAAACCACUUAGGAGGUGUAUCAAUGUUGUUUAAGGUGCCAUAUAUUUUGGAGAGCUGUUUCUCUCCUCGCCCCUUACAUUUGGACAUCUCUUAAGGUAUCAUAGGCAACGUCUGCAUGAUGGUUUCUGAGAUCAAGGAGCAGUUUUCUGCCUGCUUAGGGGUACAAGUUUUGACUCAAGGUGGCGAGCAGAACCUUUCAAAAUGGUGCUGAUUUUAUUCAAAAAUUGCAUAGUGGUCCUUGAGAUCAAGGCGCAGGUUUCGGCCUACGUUCGGAUACAACAUUUUGAAUCAUUUUGAAUUGAAACGGCACUGAUAUUUUUGUUGUUGCUUCUCAGAGUUCCCAGGCGACGCUGGGUGCUUUCUUCUGCUAACGAAGUGAAUCGUUUGCCAUUUUUCUCUUUCUCCGUCCAGAAACAAGCCUGCAUGCUGAUCCGCAACCUCGUCUCCCACGCUCAGGAUUUCUCCCAGCUCAUUCUGGACAUGGGUGCUGAGGACUUGAUCGCCGAGGCCCGGGCCGCCCACCGGACGUGCGAGGACGUGGCCAAGGCCGCCUUGAGGGACCUGGGCUGCCAGGUGGAGCUGAGGGAGCUCUGGACGGGCCAGAAGGGCAGCCUGGCGCGCUGACACCCGGAGACGCCGGGAAACGGGGGGUUGGAAGCGGUGGGGAUGAGCGGAGAGCAAGAUGGACUUGCAGACGGGAAUAAACGCAGCCCAAGGGAGAAGGAGGGUGUUGGCCUUGGGGGCCAUUAGCUGCACAGGCCCCGGAAAUUCACCGGUGCGCCGCCAUUUACUUUUCUGCAACAAGCCUUCUGUGCGGUUUUUGUUGUUAUCUUAAAUAUCUGCCGCUUCAAGAGCUUGACUGGCCGACCCUAGAAAAUGGAGUGGCGCCUGCGGAGAAAGCUUCCCUUUCUAUAAAAAUGGCCAAGAGCAAAAAGCAGCAACAAUGGUGGGUGGGGGAAAAGGCUGGCAGGCCGCUUGUUCCAUUUACAGCUGUAUUUUGGCCCUACCCUGGCUCUCCAUAUGGCCUGGCAGGCUUCUCCACCUUCAAUUAGGCAACCACUGCUCCCUGCUGUCCUCCAUUCUUCUUCCAGAUGUGCCAUCCUCUGGCCCUUGGCCGUUCUUUUUCCUCUUGUGUCAUCAUGCUGCCGGUUUAAAACUAUCAUGUGCCUGUCUCAUUAUUGUUCUCUACGGUUCUCCUCUUUGGUCUCAUGAUAGUUACAAGAAAGGAGAUUCCAACUAAACAUUAGGAGUAACUUUCUGUUGUUGGCAAGAGCCGUUCGACAGUGGAAUGGUCUCCUUUGGGAGGUUGCAGACUCUCCUUCCUUGGAGGUUUGGAAGCAGAGCUUGGAUUGCCAUCAGCUGAGAUUCCGGCAUUGCAGAAAGUUGGACUAGAGGACCGGGGAAUCUCUUCCAACUCAACCAUUCUCAUUCUAGUUGGAUAAAAGUUGGCUCUCUCACAUCCUCCGUUUCUUUCUUUUUUUAAAGUCAAGUUUUCA